AUGACCGUUCAACUCAUGAUGGAAUACUACAGUAACCACACUUUACCAAACAAAUUCCAAGAGAAUGAUGCAGUUAAAGAAGCUGCUUCUGGUUUAGAAACCAUAGAAAAACUCAUAAAGUUACUAUCACCAGAUUCACCACCACAAUCAUGUUCUUCAAAUGCAAAGCCUAGUUCCAUGGAAUCAGUAGAAACCGUUGCUGACAUGGCUGUUUCCAAGUUUAAGAAUGUUAUUUCACUUCUGAGUCGAAACCAAACAAGAACCGGUCACGCUCGUUUCAGAAGAGCACCUUUACCUUCGGAAACUAUAGUCUACCGUGCUACUCCGUUGCAGCAGAUUCCUCCUCUUCUCCCCACAAAUGAAGCGGUCGAGAAGAACAAGAUUAUUGAUUUCUCAUAUUCUUCUGCUAAUUCAUUCAUGUCUUCCCUAACCGGUGAUGCUGUUUUUUCUUCACUGGGAAAGCCUUGUGUUUCUUCGUGUUCGUUGAAGAGAAAGUGUGGCUCUGAGAAUUUCGGUUCUGGCAAGUGCGGUAGUUCCUCUAGAAACUGUCAUUGUUCAAAGAAGAGAAAAAUGAGGUUGAAGAGAGUGGUGAGAGUAGCUGCAAUAAGCUUGAAGAUGUCUGAUAUUCCAACGGAUGAUUAUUCUUGGAGAAAGUAUGGUCAGAAACCAAUUAAAGGAUCACCUUAUCCAAGGGGUUAUUACAAGUGCAGCAGUGUUAAAGGAUGUCCAGCUCGCAAACAUGUAGAAAGGGCUCUGGAUGAUCCAUCUAUGUUGGUAGUUACUUAUGAAGGAGAACACAAUCACUCACUCUCUGCGAUUCAAGCUAAUAAUCUCAUCCUAGAAUAG